AUGAUAACCGGCUCGUCGCAAAUGUCGACGAAGGAGCUGACCACUCCGAGUUCCAUCUUCCGCUACCUGGUCCUCCUGAUCAGCUUCUCUUCUGUGAUCGCUCAAUUCAAACCAAUCAACGGAGUCUACGUGUCAAGAGAUGAAAUUCAGAAUAAAGAGGUAGGCAGAUUUGACGAAAGUCUAGUUUGACCAUAGGAUCCUGUGAGAACUUGAGAAAACACUAUUGAAAAUUCGAAAUUUUUCCACCCUAGGCCGGCCCGUGACGGUUAUAACAUUGACCGUUUAGAAAACAAUUAGUCGACCAGUUUCCUUUUCUUUACCUCAGUCGGACAAAAACAGCGUCUUGUACAAAUGUUUGCUUUCAGGUGCUCGGUGUCAUCACAGGCUUUGGAGUUCUUGUUGUCGCUACCCGGUCAAAACUCCAUUUUUUCGAGGAUAACGAGGAACGUAAGUGAUAUUCUUUGCUCACAACUUCCGGUUGACGCAUCAGUUGUAGGCAGAACAGUUGGCCAAGUCGCACUCGAUAUGCAACCACGGACUCGAUUUCUGGAACUCAAGUUGUUCUCAAAAUCGGAAAUUUUCUAUUGUGAUGAACUUGCUUGCGGGUGAGUUGGUUUCAAAUUGAAGAAAAAUCAAGCCAAAAUUCUAUUGUUUUCAGACUUUGCACCCAUUCCGGAGUGACAUCAUCAUGUUCCACAAUUGCACUCAACGAGGAUGAACCGAAAAUAUUGGAGAUCUUUAGCGCGUCGGCUGUCAAAAUGGAAAACAUGGAACAAUUGAUGCUCACAAUAUCUUUCCGGAAUGUGGAGGGAACUUCCAAGAUGAUGAUUCUCAGAUAUAAUGCUCAAGACAACGGGUAAAUCUUUGAGGGUUUACACAAGAAUUUGCAUGAUUCCUUCAGAAAUGUGAUCCCUGUUGCGUACUACUCUGAAGCAAGUUUCAUCCACGAACAAGAUGUUCUUACUGGCUUUGAGAGGGACGGUUUUGUUUAUUUUGUGACCACUUCGGUGCAAAUCUUCGAACCCGACGUUUUCCUUCAUGACCAGUCAAACAAUCAAGUCGUUGUCACCAAAAUUAUUAGGUACUUGUAAUAACGGCGUUCAGUUCAUUUUGUAAAACAUAAUUUGCAGACUGUGCUCAGCCGAUCAGACUCCUGACUUGGCAUCGAAGAUUUCGGUUUUGGUGGGGUGCGAUCAGCAAUGUAAGUGUUUUUUCUCGAAAAUCUUCUCAGGACAUCAUUAUAAUUUCAGAUCACAACAUGACUUCAAGAGGUGAAGCUGCAGUCUAUGACAGUGCCGCCGGACAAGUGAAUGUUAUGAUGUUCAACCAGACAUCCAUGGUACAAACUAGAAACGUUUCUGCUUUUGUAAAUCCUCACUUUUCAGGGUCAUGUGAUGUGUCGGUUUAAACUUUCAAACCUCGAAAAGCGAUUCAGCAACGUCUGGAGCACUUGUCAAGAAGUUUCCUUCAACGAGAUCGCUGCCAAGACGAACAAAUGCAAAUAUCCAUCGAUAUUCGAAGUUAUGCGGAAAAAGAAAGGAUGUUUGAUCUACAGUCGUCUUGAUGAUGAAUCCUCCCCGACACUAUGCGCGAGGUUUGGGGUAUGUUCCCUUUUCUCGAUAUUCCUUUUAAUUUUUGUUUGUUCGUUCUCAGAGAGAACAAUCAUUGGAAAACUGCGAGCUGCACAAGGUCAAAAGUGACACGUAUCGAUAUGGAUGGCUAGAGGAUUACAACGUCUUGCAAGGCGAACUCAUGUUGAAGUGAGCGAACAUUUUCACCAUACAUGUGAUUGUACGGCCCGGCCCGGCGGCCCCAAUCCUGCUAGACGAUCGUAACUUUUGGCAUUACAUAGAUAUUUUACGGCCUGACAACUAUGUAUUUUCACCAUUAAAUUUUUUUUUUCAGAAUUCCUGUGAAUUCUUUCUGGAAUCGUGUCGAGUCAUUGAUCAUCGAUGGAAAAGCAUAUUUCGCAUCGGUUGGUGGUGGAAACGGUGUGGCAGACGUAAUUAGAGUGAGUUUGAAGCAUAAUUAGACUCCUUAAAAGUUCUGAUUUCAGUUUUCUGCUUCUGAAAGUGCGGAAUUCCUGCAAAACUGGCGGACAAACAUCAGCAGUGCGGAAAGGUUUUCAAUCGCAAAGAUCCAAGAGAACCGGCUGCUUUACGCCACCGUAGAAGGAGUAAGCUUAUACUCUCUACUAAAAAAAAUUUUCCAAAAGCCAAUGUUUCAGCUGCAAACUGUUCUCAUUUCCUGCAAAGAUCUAUAUCCGAACUGCAAUGCACUUCGUAUGGGAGGCUGGAAGGAUCCUUUGGACUGCUCCUUCUGUGCCGAUACAACUCCAUUUCACACUGUCACAUCAUCGGAGGCCAAGCUGUGCACCAAUAACAUUAAAUACGAAUGUCCUCCUGACAUGCGUUGGGUACGCAAAGCAAUCCUAGAAAUUUAAAGAACAUCAGUUAAUUUCAGAUUCAUAAAUACAACAACAACUCCGGGUUCACAGCUCUCGGAGAAGGAUUCAAAGCUUUGAAGAACCCAAAAUUGAAUGCCUGCGGAACAAACUGUGAAGUCACUCUCGUGGAAGCGUCGAGCAUUCAAUGUGAUACAAGCCCCAACGAUGUGAUUGACAAUAAUUGUCAGAAGAUUCACUUGAGCGGAAUGAUUGACGGAAAGAACUACACAUUUCCAUUUGAUUACACGCAGUCGGACCGUGGAACGCAAACUGACGUCAAGAAUGCCGCUUCAGAAGACAAGAGGGGAAGCAGUCCGUGAGUCAUUCGAACCUGUAAAGCUUUCGGGAUAAUUAAUGUUUUUCAGAGGCUGGAAAGUUGCAAUCGCAAUCAUAUCUGUCAUGACUAUCAUUGUGAUUGUCGCCUUGAUUGUGUACUACAUGAGGAAUCGUUUCCCCCGCAUCAAAACUCAUGUGCGACCACCAAUGGGUCAGAGAGUAGAGAACGAGUACGAUCUUGGUCACAUGCCCGGAAGGACUGCACAGUUGGCCGUGAAUGGAGACAGUUAUGUGAAAGUGUUUAGGUAUUUUAUUUCAUUUCAAUUGAACUAAUUUCUGAAGAAAUACUGUUCAGGAGCAUGCGCCCGGAGCUCAAGAUCGAUUUCAAAAAUUUGCGAGUUGACAAGUUCGAGUCCAUUGGCCAAGGUCAUUACGGAGUUGUCUACAAAGCCGUAUAUGCCCCACCAAAGGGAAUCGAAGAAAAAGUUGUGUGCAAAUACCUGAAAGAUGGAAAAAUAUCUGAGUUCUACGAUGAAGCUCGUACGAUGUCCGAAUUCGACCACCCGAACAUCCUGAAUCUGAUCGGGGUGGCUCUCGACGAUGUUUCUCAUUUACCGAUCAUUGUAACCGAGUACAUGGCCGGAGGAGACCUACACAGUUUCAUUUCAAACGAGGGAAACACCAUCAAAAUGAGAGAUUUGUUUGAGUUUGCCUACGAUAUUGCCAAAGGAAUGGACUAUCUCCAUUCGAAAAAGUUUAUUCAUCGUGAUCUAGCCUGCCGAAAUUGCCUGUAAGAAUCUCGGAACAUUUUUCCAACUAUAACAUACAUUUAUAGUUUGGAUGAUCGUCAACGUGUCAAAAUCGCAGAUUUUGGACUGUGUCGAAAAGUGGACAUCGAGACGGAACUGUAUGUCCAACUACACGAGCGCGACUUGCCAGUUCGUUGGUUCCCGCCGGAGAUUGUUGAAAGAGGGGUGAGUCUAGUUUGAUGACGAACGGAUUAUAUCUAUUACCAACCGAGAUUUCCGUCGCAAAACAAAGCAAUGAUUUAUUUUUCUAUUUUCCAGUUUGGCGUUACAUCCGAUAUCUGGUCUUUCGGUAUUGUUAUCUGGGAAUUGUUCACUCGUGGAGGAACGCCGUACAACAAGAUGGUCAGCUGGUCCUUGAUCUUGCCUUGGCUGAAGGAAUCGGAAACAAACCGAUUGCCUAAACCGCCAUAUUGCCCCGAGAAAUUGUUAGUUAUCCCGUUGUUUUCUUGUAAAUACAAAAAAAAAACGUUUUUUUAAGGUAUACCGAUGUGAUGUUGGUGUGCUGGCGAGCGGAUCCAGCCGAACGACCGCCGUUCAGCGAGUUGGUGCGCAUCAUUCCGGACGUGGUCAAGUACAUGGAAGGAUACGAUCGCUCACAGUUACAUGCUGGUUAUGAGCGAGUAAGUAGUAGGUGCUGCUUGCUUUCUUUGUUCCCUCACCCCCUCAACAACUGGGUUUGGUUUCAUUUUGAGCGGUCAUCUGUUUUGAUUUUCUUUUCAUUCUGGUAUUUUGAUUAAAGGAGGCCUGUCACUAAAAAAUAAGUUAAACUAAUUAUAUCACUGAAAAGAGCCUCCAAAAAUUACAUUAGGUUUUUCUGUCAAAUAUCAUAUUUAGGUGAUGAUCUGGGUCCUAAGAGCACUUUCCUUCGCUUAUAUCUCGAUAUCCGUAAUUAUUAUUAUGAGCAGGUCAACUAAGAAGUUGUUAGAAAUUUUGAGUUUAACGAAUUCAGACCCUAAAUACGAUUAUUGAGAAAAACAGUGUACUGCAACCUGAUGUAACUUUUGACGUUCUAUCCAAUUUUUUAAGUGACCUGUGCACUUUUUUUUUAGUGAGAGACCUCCUUUGAGUAACCAACUCACUUGUUCUACUCCAUUCACAACUCAAUUUCUAAUCCCCUUUAAACUAUGUACGCGUUGCACUUGUCAAAUUUCGAAUGUUUUUAGGUGUCUGACCUUGUCACCUCGCGACCGAGCAUCUCCCAUCUAUCAGAAUGA